AUGGCCGACAAUGAUGUCGUACGCGAGAGGAUCAUAUCAUCGGUCUUUGCUAGGCGAAAUGCUGCCGGUACUGGCCCAGAAGAGACCUACGUCGGUCAUCUAAGGGUCCUGGAGGAUGCUGAGGAUGGAUCGAGGAAGCCAAGAUACAUCAUUCUCUCGCAGGCAAGCAAUGGGACUGGCUUUAUACACAAGUCAAAGCUAAAUACCAAUGGGUCGUUCUCGGUGGGGAAGACAUGGAAAGUUGCAGAGCUACGGGCCAUCGAAGUCCUGAGCCCGUCCGCUUUCAACAUCACUUUGGCCAGGACAUACCGUUGGGAAACUGAGAAUGCAAACGACCAAGCUAACUUCCUGGCAGCCUUGGUCAGGCUUUUCCGUGCCGUGACAGCAGGUUCUGCACCGUUAGACCUUAUAGGCUUGAGUGAUCUUGAUGCAGCUCUGGACCGAUUAUUGUCGGCAGGCGAUGCAUUACCUGCAGCUUCGCCGUCUCCGCAAGACGGCGUUGCUGAUGUCCCCGCGCCACAAGGCGAAGAGGAGACAGCAGAGGCCACCAUGGCUAAUGUUGAAGAGAUGCUCGAGGGCUAUGAGUGGGCUAGCGAAGAUAUCAUGGGAAGGCAGAGAGUGAGAAGUGCAGCAGACCAGAUAGAGGCCAAGUUAUUGAGCGAGUUAACGGCGUUGGAAAAUGCCAAUAUUCACUCCUUUAUUGAGUCUGAUGAUAGGGUUGCCGUCGUAAUCAAGUAUCUCGAGGAAGCUAUUGCGGAGCUGGAUAGCAUGGACACCCUUGUUUCCUCCUACAAGAUCCAUCUUAAUACCGUCAGCGACGACAUCUCCUUCAUCCAAUCCCAGAAUAGAGGUCUUCAGGUUCAAACACAGAACCAGAGGGCCUUAUUAGGCGAACUCGAACAACUUUUGCAAACGGUCCACGUGGACCCAGAUUCUCUUAUUACCCUCACUCAAGGAUCGCUAGAGAAAUCAGACAGCAUUCAGAGACUAGAAGAAGCUGCUACUGACUUGUACAAGGCUCUACAGGCCGGAAGGGAUACCGAUAUGGCCGCCACUAUGGAGCGACUUGACGAGUACAGAACUCAUAACGGCCAGUUCUGCAAGCGACUCUUCGAUUACUUGUCCAUCAUGUUUAUCGCUCAGUCCAAAAUGCUGCUUGGUGAUACUGACGGCAUCUCCAAAAGUAGUAACCGAGGAAGGGGCCGGCCUACUAUUGUAAAUCAUCAAGAGAUGGAAACAUAUCUAGGUCGAUACUCGGGCCUGAUCCUCUACCUGAAAGAAAUGGAUGAAAGCACGUACGCCAAAUUAUGUGCGACCUACUUCUCGGCUUCGAGUGAUUUGCAUAGCAAACAGGUCAGGGCUUGCUUACAGGCUUAUCAGAAUAUGGUUAAGAAGGCGGCAGAAGAAGAGCAGGAUCAAAGUGGAUUCCGAGCGGGGACGGGUAUGCGCCGUGCCGGCACAAUUGUCCGUUCCCCAUUAGAGAACAGAAGGGACAAGGAUAAGCCUGUAGAAUCUGACAUGCGUGCUUCUGAGGCCUUUGGGCAAGUACUAGAACAGAUCGCUCCUCAGAUCUACCGCGAAGAGGACUUCAUCGCUGAUUUUCUGCAAAUCAACGAUGCCGCGCUCACGUUUGCGGACUACAUGGGCUUAGAGAACUACUUCAGGAGGCAGGCAGCGCGGUACGCCGGGUUAAGUCAACCGACCAUGAAGCUUGUGCGAGGAGCACUAGACCUCAUAUUUGGGUUCCUGCCUACCGAAUUAAAGACAUGGAUUGACACCGCUCUGGCUAAGGAUAAUAUGCAAAUUAUUGGUAUCAUUGCGUGUCUGGAGCGCUUCCAGGCAGACGCGGAGGAGCGUGGUAACGCAUUCCUACUAAACUUAUUGGAGAAGCAGCACACACGACUCAAGGGGCUUUUCGACCGUCAUGUGAAUGAACAAAUUAAGGCGGUGGAGGAAACAAAGAUCAACAGCAAGAAACGUCGGGGAGUUGUUCCCUUCAUCAAGUACUUCCCGGUCUACGUGGGACGUGUGGAGAAUCAGCUUAUUGGAGCAGACGCUCUCGAGAUCAGGGGCAACGUUGACCUGGCGUAUGAGAAGAUUGUGCAGGUCAUGUUCGAUUCCUUGAAACAGAUGGCUAAAAUGGAAGGAGAAGGAGAAGACAAAGGGCAACUCAACUACCAUGUCAUAUUGAUCGAGAACAUGCAUCAUUUCGUAGCUGAAAUGGGUCAACUUGAAAUUGGCUCUGUCGCCUCUUUCCUGAAGCGAGCGGAAUCCAUCUACGACGAAAACCUGAACGCUUACGUUAGAAUGAUUCUGAGACGGCCUCUCGCAAAGAUCAUCGACUACUUUGAAGGGAUCGAACGGCUGCUUCAAACGACUGCUCCUACAGAGGUCUCCAACAAUAGCAGCUACAACAAGUCCGCCCUCAAGAAAGUUGUAAAGGACUAUAAUGCCAAGGAUAUGCGCAAGCACAUAGAUGCUCUUUACAGCCGCGUCGAGAAGCACUUUACGGAGGCUUCAGAGAAGGCGACGACUGAGAAGAGCACAGGCAUCGCCCCUGGCACUGUUAUGGUCGGCGUGUGGAAGGCAUGCGAAGAGGAGGUUUUGCGACUAACGGAGGCGUUCUCCAAGCGGAUAGCACAGUGUUACGCGGACAGUGGCGUCACACUUGAAUACUCAGCCGCGGAUGUAGAGACAGCAUUCCGACGUCACAGAGUGGGUAGCUAGGUGCAGCUUCACAUUUGUGUAUAUCGUCAUUGUUUUAUGUACUUCUACGCACGGGUGUGUACUGGCAGG